AGUUGACCUCAGUCUCCGGGAAAGCAGACUCCGCUCUGGCUCCGGAAAAACAGCUGCUGGCGUGGGCCGUGCGGGGAAUGGGCGGCCUCGUGACCUAGUGUCGGGCAGCAGGGAGAGCCUGGUCAGCCUGCUCGCGCAGGGGCGGAUAUAGGCGGCCGAGGAGCCGCAGGAACAACUGGACCCGGCCAGCGGCCUGAGCGUCCGCGCCGCCCGCCGCCAUGAACGGGGAAGCCAUCUGCAGCGCCCUGCCCACCAUUCCCUACCACAAGCUCGCAGACCUGCGCUACCUGAGCCGCGGCGCGUCGGGCACCGUGUCGUCAGCCCGCCACGCAGAUUGGCGCGUUCAGGUGGCGGUGAAGCACCUGCACAUCCACACCCCGCUGUUGGACAGUGAAAGAAAUGAUGUCUUAAGAGAAGCUGAAAUUUUACACAAAGCUAGAUUUAGUUACAUUCUUCCAAUUUUGGGAAUUUGCAAUGAGCCUGAAUUUUUGGGAAUAGUUACUGAAUACAUGCCAAAUGGAUCAUUAAAUGAACUCUUACAUAGGAAAACUGAAUAUCCUGAUGUUGCUUGGCCGUUGAGAUUUCGCAUCCUACAUGAAAUUGCACUGGGUGUAAAUUACCUGCACAAUAUGAAUCCUCCUUUACUUCAUCAUGAUUUGAAGACUCAAAAUAUCUUAUUGGAUAAUGAAUUUCAUGUUAAGAUUGCAGAUUUUGGUUUAUCAAAAUGGCGCAUGAUGUCCCUCUCACAGUCACGAAGUAGUAAAUCUGCGCCAGAAGGAGGGACAAUUAUCUAUAUGCCACCUGAAAACUAUGAACCUGGACAAAAAUCAAGGGCCAGUGUCAAGCAUGAUAUAUAUAGCUAUGCAGUUAUCACAUGGGAAGUCUUAUCCAGAAAACAGCCUUUUGAAGAAGUCACCAAUCCUUUGCAGAUUAUGUAUAGUGUGUCACAAGGACAUCGACCUGACACUAAUGAAGAAAGUUUGCCAUUUGAUAUACCUCAUCGAGCACUUAUGAUCUCUCUGAUAGAAAGUGGAUGGGCACAAAAUCCAGAUGAAAGACCAUCAUUCUUAAAAUGUUUAAUAGAACUUGAACCAGUUCUGAGAACAUUUGAAGAGAUAACCUUUCUUGAAGCUGUUAUUCAACUAAAGAAAACAAAGUUACAGAGUGCUUCGAGUACUGUUCACUUAUGUGACAAGAAGAAAAUGGAGUUAUCUCUGAACCUGUCUGUAAAUCAUGGUCCACAGGAGGAAUCGUGUGGAUCCUCUCAACUCCAUAAAAGUAGUAGUUCUCUCAGAACCUCAAAGUCCCUCUCAGCUCAAGACAAUGAUUUUUUAUCUAGAAAAACUGAAGACUAUUCUGUGCUGCAUCACUGUCCAGUAAAUCACAGUUGUGGUAGUAACAUUCCUGCAGCUCAGAGAGCAACAUUCUGUGAUCACAAGACCACCCCAUGCGCUUUAGCAAUAAUAAAUUCACUCUCAGCUGAGGGAAAUUCAGAGCGAUUACAACCUGGUAUAGCCCAACAGUGGAUCCAGAGUAAGAGAGAAGACAUUGUGAACCAGAUGACUGAAGCCUGCCUUAACCAAUCACUAGAUGCCCUUCUGUCCAGGGAUUUGAUCAUGAAGGAGGACUAUGAACUCGUUAGUACCAAACCUACAAGGACCUCAAAAGUCAGACAAUUACUGGACACCACUGACAUCCAAGGAGAAGAAUUUGCCAAAGUUAUAGUACAGAAGUUGAAAGAUAACAAGCAAAUGGGUCUUCAGCCAUACCCAGAAAUAUUUAUGGCUUCUCGAUCACCAUCUUUAAAUUUAUUUCAAAAUAAAAGCUUAUAGGUGACUCUUUUUCAAGAGGAAAAGUGAGUUUAUGAAAGGGUACUGUUCAAGGUAUUUCAAGAGGAAAAGUGAGGUUAUGAAAGGGUACUGAUCAAGGUAUUUCUGUUGCCUUGAUCAUAUUGUUUUUAUAAAAUCCUUAUGAGAACUGGAAGCUUAAAGAAGUUUCUUCUUCAGGUAAAUACUAGUUUCCUUCCAUGACGUUACAGGUUUUUUUUAAUUAAUAUAAGUAGAAACUGGCAUUUUGCUACAUAGUUCAAUUUUUUGUCUCUUUGGUUAAUUGAAACUAUUUUUUAAAGUGUAAUAAUUAUAUUCUUCUUAUACAUGACAAUGCCUUAAGGUAUCAUGUGUUUCUGAUGGAAGCCAUUAUCACAUUCACUUUCUUUGUGGAUUAUUACUCGUCUGAGACAUAGUUUGGCUUUUCCCCCUUUCUCUCUAUAUAUUAUAAAAAAAUAAUUCUUUUGAA